GUGGCCGUGCGCGGGGUGCUUUCCGGUGGAGCGGGCGCAGGGUCGAAGCGAGCAGGUUUCGGCAGGAGUUGGGGUGGCGACGGCGACAUGACCACGCUCCGGGCUUUCACCUGCGACGACCUGUUCCGCUUCAACAACAUUAAUUUGGAUCCACUUACAGAAACUUAUGGGAUUCCUUUUUACCUACAGUACCUCGCCCACUGGCCAGAGUAUUUCAUUGUUGCAGAGGCACCUGGUGGAGAAUUAAUGGGUUAUAUUAUGGGUAAAGCCGAAGGCUCAGUAGCUAGGGAAGAAUGGCAUGGGCACGUCACAGCUCUGUCUGUCGCCCCAGAAUUUCGCCGCCUUGGUUUGGCUGCUAAACUUAUGGAGCUACUAGAGGAGAUUUCAGAAAGAAAGGGUGGAUUUUUUGUUGACCUCUUUGUGAGAGUAUCUAACCAAGUUGCUGUGAAUAUGUAUAAGCAGCUGGGCUACAGUGUCUACAGGACUGUCAUAGAGUACUAUUCAGCCAGCAAUGGGGAGCCUGACGAGGACGCCUACGAUAUGAGGAAAGCACUUUCCAGGGACACGGAGAAGAAAUCCAUCAUCCCAUUACCUCAUCCAGUGAGGCCUGAGGACAUUGAAUAGCCCUGGGCAGUGGUUCUUAGGCAGCUGCUCCAGGCGGUUAUGGACAAUGUAUUCAUCGGAUGAUCUUGGAGCUCUAAUGGAGAAAAGUAAUCAUUGAGGUUUUAAAGGUGUGAAGAAACUGCAAGUUAUACUUUCAAUAGCAUUGUUUCCAGUUAGCAAUAUCAUACCUACUAAAGCUGUUGACUGUACUGAGAUCCAAUCAGAAAGGCAGCUAGGUCGAGGAAGCAUUCCACUCUCAUGUUCAUCAUGUUCACUGUGUGCUAGGGAAAGACUUGCUCCAAUCUCCCCAACUCAGUGCCUGAGAACCACUGCUGCAUAUAUAAAUUUUUUAUUUUGUACUGAAUUGUUAAUCGAAGCUUUAAAAGCAUAUAUGAAAUGUAUAAAUCUAAGGUGUAUAAUAAAAUACAUUGUUGGUUCUA